AUGAAAACCUCAUUGCUCUAUUUACUCGCAGUUUGCAUAUUUUUCCACGACGAAUUCCGGCAUUUUUCUAACGCCUCGCUGGAGUUCACAAACGUGCAAUGCAAGCCCGUGGACAAAUCUUAUGUAAAUGUCGAAUAUUGUUUUAUCAAAUCCGUCAAUCGUACAUACAAAUAUUUGUCGGUGCGCGUAAGGAUACUUUCAAAAGUGCCUAUAACUAAUACUACGGUUAACUUCGCAUUGCUCAAGAAAGCCAAUGGAUAUAAGCCCUUCCUCUACAACAUAACUUUCGAUGCUUGCAAAUAUUUGCGUUCGCGCAAAAAUAAACUUCUUAACUACUUUCAUGGCUUUUUCGAGGUCUAUUCGAAUUUGAAUCACACCUGCCCUUUUGGAAAGGACGAUUUUGUAAUCGAGAAGCUUCCUAUCUCACAUGUGCAGCACUAUGUUUCUGACAUUCUGCCCAUGCCUCAUGGCAAAUACCUGCUCCACACGACUUGGUCAUCUUUCGGCGUAAAGCGCUUUGAAGCGAGUUUUUACUGGGACUCCAUUUGAAUUAUGAACGAUUGUAACUGUGUGAACUUCUCCAUAGUG